UUAAAGGUAAAGUGUGCAAGGACACGGAAGUACAGUAUGUGAGUUUCCUAACUUGUGAAACAUUGUUUUCUUCAAAAGAUUAUAAUAACAUCAUCUUUUUUCAUUUCAUUCAGUUUCAAAUGUGGCAAAGUCGUAAAGCUUUAUAAAGAAUGAGCAAACCAAUAACUUCGUCUACUUAUGUUCGGUGCCUAAAUCAUGGAAUGUUUAGAAAACUUGCAGAUUAUCUGGACCCUCAAAAUGACUGGAAGAAAAUUGCAGCGGAUAUCAUUAAACCAACAGGGGAACCAAGAUAUAACCAAUUUCACCUAAGGAGAUUUGAAGGAGUAGUAGCCAUGGGGAAAAGUCCUACCACUGAAUUACUGUAUGACUGGGGAACCACAAACUGCACGGUCGGGGACCUUGUGGACAUUUUAUUACGAAACCAGCUUCUUGCACCUGCUAACAUACUACUUCCAGAUGUUGUAAAAGAAACACCGGCUUCACAACCAAUUGCCCCUCUGAGUUCCCAGGACACUAUUCCUUAUGUUGAACCCACGAUGCAAAAUCUAACUGAGCCUCAAUCUCCAACUAUGGACAGCAGAACUCCAGAGGAGCUCAGUGACACAGGCUUCCACAACUUUACAUUCCAUGAACUGAUGAAGCUCACGAGUAACUUUGAUGAACGUCCAAUGUCCUCAGGUGGCAAUAAGCUUGGAGAGGGAGGCUUUGGCAUAGUGUACAGAGGCUGUUUCGACAACAAAGUAGUGGCAGUGAAAAAACUUACAACAGUGCCCGAGUUUUCUCUUCAAGAAUUGAGACAUCAGUUUAAUCAAGAAAUCAAAACUAUGAUGAUGUGCCAACAUGAAAACCUUGUAGAAAUGAUCGGUUUCUCUUCCGAUGGGGAUCAUCCUUGCUUAGUGUAUGCUUACAUGUCCAAUGGCUCUUUGCUAGACAGACUGGCCUGCCGGGAUGGUACAAGCCCACUGCCUUGGAGUACCCGGUGUUCCAUUGCUGUAGGUACAGCUAGAGGUAUUGAAUAUUUACACAGCAAGAAUCACAUUCACAGGGACGUUAAAAGCGCAAAUGUCUUGCUGGAUAAAAUGCUUGUGCCAAAGAUUGCAGACUUUGGGCUCACUCGAGCUUCAGAAAAAAUGACCUCAACAGUAAUGACAGAAAAGGUUGUGGGUACGACUGCUUACAUGGCACCUGAGGCAUUGCGAGGGGAGGUCACGCCCCUGUCGGAUGUUUUUAGUUUUGGUGUAGUUUUGCUGGAAAUAAUAUCAGGUCUUCCACCAUUUGAUGAGAACCGUGAACCACAGCUACUGUUGGAUAUUAAAGAUGAAAUUGAAGAUGAGGAGAUGACAGUAGAGGAUUAUGUGGACAAGAAAAUGGAAGAGUUUGGCAUGCCAUCAGUAGAGAAAAUGUAUUCAAUCGCUACCCAGUGUCUUAAUGAGAGAAAGAACAGGCGGCCAGAUAUGAAGAAGGUCAAUGGAUUGCUUGAAGAAAUUAGGGCUUAAUUCUUGUGUAUUUGGAAUGAGACAACUAAACAUUUAAGUAAAGCAAAUUGAUGCUUUAUUUUCUACAAUCUAAUAUAUUUGGUCAUAUCCUGUGUUAUUCCAUCAUAUUGAGUUUUUUGGAAGGAAAUGUCAAUCAAUCUAUUUUAUAUAGUGCCUUUCAUAGUCGACUAUCACAAAACACUUUACUAGAUGCAGUGACACCAAAAUCCGUAAUACUUUAAAUACAGAGAAGUGCACAACACAGUGCAUAACUGUGACAGUCUGUAGUUGUUUUCUGUACUGUAAAUUAUGUGAAGUGUAAAGCUGAAUGAAUGUGCCUGCUGACCAGUGGGGCCUACUUACCUGUUACAACUGCGAUUACUAUUUUAAAUGUAUGUAAUAAAACAUGUAUUUUUUGUAAAUGCAAAAAUAUAAUAUCCAUUCAAAUGACUAGGGUCCUUGAAUAAAACACUCCUUAAAACAGUCCUUAAAGUUCUGUUGAUAGGGCACCAAAGUUCCUACCAAAGCAUCCCUUUCCUUAUUGUAGACAGUUGCUGCCUAGUAGCAUAGCUUUUUAUGGAGUGCCUUCUGAAGUGCCAUCAUGUGCAUCUCUGUGUAGCGCAAUAUUAUGACAAGGUAUCAAACAGCACAUAAACAACUCUAAAAUAGAAAGGAUCACACAUAGGUUAAUUUGAUCAAUGGGUAAAGGUUUCUUUUGUAUUCUUUCAAGUCCACACAAUGUGCAAAAAUGUAAUUACAAAGAAACAGUAAAAAAUGAGAUUUAUGUAGGUAAUCUAAGAAGCUUGAUAUCCUGGACACAUUUGUUUCUUCUUCAUUAACAGUAACCUAUAAUGGUUCCAUACAUCCAAAUCUGUAUCUAAACCAGGGUUGGUCAAAGUUGUCUCUUCCACUCCCGGCCGUUGUUCCAAUCCUGUUCUCAAUUGUUUAAUUGAACCAAUUCAACCUCAUCCUGUCAUUAUGUCAUUUUGCCUGUUAAACCUCCAGGACUGAUUGGCCACCCCUGACCUAAUCCAUAAAAACACUUUGUGCAUUAUUCCUUAUAUAACUCAUAACUUAAAGUUUUGCGAAUGACCCAUAUGCUCCUAUUUAUUAAUCUUAUUCACUCCAGCCUACAAUUUGCUCCUUUGGUAGAAUGGAAGAUAGAAUUGGGAAUGUCUACCUGUUGUGUCUUACUGAAUUUAUAACUGGGUUGUUUUCCUUUACAAGAACUAUAGCAAAUUGCACCCGAGUACAAACAGAUUUGAUAAAUUGGGGUCUGCUGCAGCAGAUCAUUCACAGCAAUAAUUCAUACCAGUUUAUAAACCUGAAAUGCGUAAAGGUGAAGAAAAAUUAAUGACUGA